GCUUCACAAGGCUUUUCCACGUUUACCGUAACUAUCCCAAACGUCUAAUACAUAAAGGCCGCCCUGCGUUCUGUAGUUGUUUCCCUCAAGCCCCAGCGCAUGCACUUUACCUUCACCAUCAUCCCCAACAUCCAAAUACUGGGUUCCCCUUUUACAAACCUCUCCUCACAAAUAAGUACACCCCAAGAUGUCUCCCGUCACUUUCCCCUCAACCAUCGAGGUCUCUCUCCAUGACCUCGCCAAGAUGAUUGACCACUCCCUCCUUCAUCCCACCAUGACGGACGAGAUCCUGGCGGAGGGCUACGCCAUCUCCAAGAAGUACAACGUCGCCACAGCCUGCGUCAAGCCUUAUGCAAUCCCCGGUGCAGUCGCCGCCCUCAAGGGCACCGACGUCAAGGUCUGCCCCGUAAUCGGGUUCCCCCACGGGAACAGCACCGCCGAGGUCAAGGUCUUCGAGGCCCGGCGCGCCGCCGAGCAGGGCGGCGCCGAGAUCGACAUGGUCAUCAACAUCGGCAAGGCCCUCGGGGGGCAGUGGGACUACGUCAGGGCGGAGAUCCAGGCCGUCAACGCGGCGGUCGUCGCCGCGGGCGCGGUGCUCAAGGUCAUCUUUGAGAACGACUUCCUUGGCGAGCAGGAGAUCAUCAAGCUGUGCGGGAUCUGCAGCGAGCUGGACGUGGCCUUUGUCAAGACGAGCACGGGCUACGGCAUGGUGAAGCAAAAGGACGGCUCCUACAACUACAGGGGCGCGACGUAUGAGCACCUGAAGCUCAUGAGGGAGCACUGCAAGCCGAGUGUGCAGAUCAAGGCGGCGGGUGGCGUGCGCACGCUGGAUGAUCUGUUGAGGGUCAGGAGUCUGGGUGUCAGUCGGAUCGGGGCCACGGCUACUGAGGCCAUUUUGGAGGAAGCCAAGUCGAGAGGCAUUGGUGCUGAGAGGAUGACUGUCAAAGUUCAGUCUUUAGGACCUCGUCGGCGACGAGAAGGAGACCUAGGAGGAUAUUAUGGUGCUUAGGGACUCGCCAGAGCGCCCUAGGCGACAAGAAAAGAAGUAGCAAACCACCAGACCAGAAGCGAUAAUAGGAGGAUUAGAAAUUGAGGGCUAAUAAGGAUAUGUAUAGUCAAUUAGUGUAAAUUUAUAUUUUAUAUAGUAAGUAGGUAGUGUAAAUUAAGGUCGGCACACCAGGG